GAAAUUCCAUCUGCUCCAUCAAGUCGGUUUAAAGAUUCUCUGAUUAUCAAUGAUCAAGAAAUUGCCAACGAACUGAAGAAAAGACCGUGGACCACUGGGAUGGGAAAGAGAUUACGACACGAGAAAUUAAGAAGACAACCACGUGAUACUGGCGGCCCAAGUCAUUACCAAACACUUACGUGCUUCGAUCUGGACGACACGCCCACCCUUCCUCCGCCUCCUGCCUCAUCAAUAGACGAUCCUCUUGAUUUUAAGGUUUAAAAGUAAAUCGAAAACCUCCUCUCUUCGAAAUAAUGAGCAAUCAUAAAUUUACCGAGUCCUUCAUCUGGUUUAUAACUGAGGGACAAACCGAAAUAUUCAAAGGAGACUGGGCGAUUGAAACACGUUAUUACCUGGCAGUGGUCAGUUUGUCUAGGAAAAUUUCUGACAAUAAUCACGAAAUUGAAAAUUUAAUCAAUUAAUGAAGCAAUAAAUAGGUAGGUUUUGUGUGAGGGUGAGGCUUGACGUAAAAAGAAUUAACUAGUUUGCUACAGCCCUGCAAGCUAUAUUCUGACUAUUUAAACUCUAUAUGAAAAUUUAAAAUUAUUUAUUGAAAUACAAUGGGAAAUAGCUUUGCUAUCCAUCAUCAGUGUAAGAUAAUAGAAUUAUAGUGGUGUGAAUCAGUUGUGAAUGUUUUAUGGCGUUUAUAUCUAUGAAUUUAUACUAGUGAAGUAAGUGAGGUGGUUUGUAUUAUCGCUUGUGUAAUAAAUAUGUUAAAAAGAUCAUGAA